AUGCAAGCGCGUGGAUUUGCAUCGCUGGUCACUGUCCUGUCGGCCAUCGCUACCGCGAGCUACGCGCUUCCUCACCCCGACGCUCUCCCCCGGGCAGCAGCAGAUGCCGCCUUAAGACCAAGAUACUCGGUGGUUCCCCUUGAGCCAGGCGGUGACGACCCGGACAGCUACGGGGGCAAUGGCGCCCAGGUGGCUGCCCUAAGCAUAUCCAUCGUCCCCAUUGCAGGCAACGAUCAAGUCACGGUCACGGUUACGCAGCAGGUUUCUUCGUCAGCAGCAAACCCGACAACAUGGACGGGAAUCGCCAUCGUUCCCAUUGCGGGCAAUGAUAAUGCCACGGUCACGGUCACGGUCACGGGUGCAGAGCAAGCAACGGUUACCGCAGCCUCGACGUCCACGGCCGUUUCAAUUGCCCCCAAGCCAGGGAACGACGAUUCCACGGUCACGGCCACGGCUACUGCAGUCUCGACGUCCACGGCCAUUUCAGUCGUCCCCAUUGCAGGCAACGAUGAUACCACGGUCAUGGCCACGGCCACAGCGAAAGCAACCUCAAGGGCAGUCGCGACGUCUGCAGCCAUUUCCAUUGUCCCCAUUGGAGGCAACGAUGGUACCACAGUCAAAGCCACCGCCACGCAUACAGAGCAAGCAACCUCAAAGGCAGUCUCGACGUCCACAGCCAUUUCAAUUGUCCCCAUUGGAGGCAAUGAUAAUGCCACGGCUACGGCCACGCAUACACAGCAAGCAACCUCAAAGGCAGUCCCGACGUCCACAGCCAUUUCAAUUGUCCCCAUUGGAGGCAAUGAUAAUGCCACGGCUACGGCCACGCAUACACAGCAAGCAACCUCAAAGGCAGUCCCGACGUCCACAGCCAUUUCAAUUGUCCCCAUUGGAGGCAAUGAUAAUGCCACGGCUACGGCCACGCAUACACAGCAAGCAACCUCAAAGGCAGUCCCGACGUCCACAGCCAUUUCAAUUGUCCCCAUUGGAGGCAAUGAUAAUGCCACGGCCACGGCUACGGCCACGGCCACGGAUACAAAGCAACCAACCUCCAGGGCAUUCUCGACGUCCACAGCCAUUUCCACAGUCCCCAAAACAGCAAACCAUAAUACCACCACCUCUGCUGCCCAGCAAGUAACCUCAACAGCAACCUCGACGCACAGUGCCGUUUCCCUUGCUCCCGUUGCGGGCAACCACAGCACCACUGCCACGGUGGCCAAGCAGGCAACCUCGACGGCAUUCUCCACGUCCCCCAUCCCCACCGAAUCAACCAUGCCAUCGUUCAAGGCGGACAGCAUGUUCAACGCGGAGGACUUCUCCAACAAGACCCUGGUGGCGAUCCAAGGGUCGGACCAGGAGGGAACGCAGACGGUGGUGAUUAUUUCGCUGCUCGUGACGUGCAUCGCAGCCGUCGUCUUGAUGGGGGUGACGUUUGUGCUCAUCGCGCGCGAGAUGCGGCGGGCGGGGAAGACGGGUGCCGGCUCGGCGCAGGCCAAGGACGGCGCGGGCGCGGUGCACGUAUAG